CCCGCGCGCGGCGGGCACCUCAGUCGCGGCGGCCGCGGGCCACGGAGCGGACGGAGCUGCUGGGCUUGUCUGGGCUGACGGGCUGAGUGAGGCGGCGGAGUCGGAGCGACGCGGACUCGGUGGCGGGAGGGACGGACUGGCCGAGCGCCCCCGUACCUGCCAUGAAGCCCCCCGCAGCAUGCACCGGAGAUGCCCCAGAUUCCGAUGCUGUCAACUUCCUGCGUUGGGAUCUGAACGCGAAACAGAUUGGGGAGCUCACAGAGCAGCUCAUCGAGCAGACCAAGCGUGUAUACGACCAGGUGGGCGCCCAACACAGGGAGGAUGUGUCCUACGAGAGCACGUUGAAGGCGCUGGCCGAUGUGGAGGUGGCCUACACAGUCCAGAGGAACAUUCUGGACUUCCCCCAGCAUGUGUCUCCGUCCAAGGACAUCCGGACGGCCAGCACCGAGGCCGACAAGAAGCUGUCAGAGUUUGAUGUGGAGAUGAGCAUGCGGCAGGAUGUAUACCAGAGGAUCGUCUGGCUGCAGGAGAAGACCCCCAAGGACUCCCUGAGACCCGAGGCCACACGGUACUUGGAGCGGCUGAUCAAGCUGGGCCGGCGGAAUGGGCUUCACCUGCCUGAGGAGACCCAGGAGAAAAUCAAGAGCAUCAAGAAGAAGCUGAGUCUCCUCUGCAUCGACUUCAACAAGAACCUGAAUGAGGACACUACGUUCCUGCCCUUCACCCGCGAGGAGCUGGGGGGUCUCCCCGAUGACUUUCUGAACUCACUGGAGAAGACGGAAGACGAAAAGCUGAAGGUCACGCUCAAAUACCCGCAUUACUUUCCCCUUCUGAAGAAGUGCCACGUGCCUGAGACCCGUAGAAAGGUGGAGGCGGCUUUCAACUGCCGGUGCAAGGAGGAGAACUGCGCCAUCCUCCGGGAGCUGGUGGCCCUGCGGGCACAGAAGAGCAGCCUGCUGGGCUUCCGCACUCACGCCGACUAUGUGCUGGAGAUGAACAUGGCUCAGAACGGCCAGGCCGUGGCCACUUUCCUCGAUGAGCUGGCCCAGAAGCUGAUGCCCCUGGGGGAGCAGGAGCGGGCGGUGAUCCUGGAGCUGAAGAAGGCCGAGUGCGAGCAGCGGGGCCUGCCCUUCGACGGGCGCGUCAAUGCCUGGGACAUGCGCUACUACAUGAACCGUGUGGAGGAGACGCGCUACCACGUGGACCAGAACCUGCUCAAGGAGUAUUUCCCCAUGGAGGUGGUCACGCGUGGGCUGCUGGGCAUCUACCAGGAGCUGCUGGGCCUCACCUUCCACCUGGAACCCGAUGCGGCCGUGUGGCACGAGGAUGUGCGCCUCUACUGCGUGCGGGACGCCGCCUCGGGUGCAGUCAUCGGCAAGUUCUACCUGGACCUCUACCCGCGGGAGGGGAAAUAUGGCCACGCCGCCUGCUUCGGCUUGCAGCCCGGCUGCCUGCGGCCUGACGGCAGCCGCCAGAUUGCCAUUGCCGCCAUGGUCGCCAACUUCACCAAGCCCACCCCCGACGCGCCCUCACUGCUGCAGCACGACGAGGUGGAGACCUACUUCCAUGAAUUUGGUCACGUGAUGCAUCAGCUCUGCUCGCAGGCAGAGUUCGCCAUGUUCAGCGGGACGCACGUGGAGCGGGACUUCGUGGAGGCACCGUCGCAGAUGCUGGAGAACUGGGUGUGGGAGCCGGAGCCGCUGCUGCGCAUGUCCCAGCACUACCGGCGGGGCAGCCCCAUCCCCCAGGAGCUGCUGGACAAGCUCAUCAAGUCGCGGCAGGCCAACACUGGGCUCUUCAACCUGCGCCAGAUCGUGCUGGCCAAGGUGGACCAGGCCCUGCACACGCAGACGGACGCUGACCCGGCUGAGGAGUACGCCCGCCUCUGCCAGGACAUCCUGGGGGUCCCUGCCACGCCAGGGACCAACAUGCCGGCCACCUUUGGGCACCUGGCGGGCGGCUACGACGCGCAGUACUACGGCUACCUGUGGAGCGAGGUCUUCUCCACGGACAUGUUCCACACGCGCUUCAAGGCUGAGGGCGUGCUCAACGGCAAGGUCGGCAUGGAUUACCGCAGCUGCAUCCUGCGACCCGGCGGCUCCCAGGACGCCAGCGCCAUGCUGAAGCUCUUCUUGGGCCGUGAGCCCACGCAGGACGCCUUUCUCCUGAGUAAGGGGCUGCGGGUGGACGGCAGCCAGCCGGCAGCCUGCUGACGCCCCCGCAGCCCGGGGCAGCUGGGAGGGGCUCCCUGUCUCCCCCCACCACGCUGAGGUGCUGGAGUGGCGGGGGCACAGGUCUUGCCCUCCUGGGGAGGGAGGGCCGGGCUGGGGCUGGGCCACCCGGCACUGUCUUUGUUGCACUAACAGCUGCUUGCGGGAGGUUGUCCCGGUGCAGAGACCGGGCACCUUCUUUGCAAUGUGGCAUUAAAAACCCCAGAUCAGCACCUGCCUCCUCAGUGCUCUUCCGCCCUCCAUCAGGGUCGCUUCUGGCUGGGGGCACCAGCCGUGGCCCGUGCUCUUGGUGCACUGGGACAUUCUGCUGCUCUGUGUGCCGCUCCCCGGGGCUCUUAUGGCCCAGACCUCAGGCAUGGAAGUGUCAGUCCUGUGCGGAUCUAGAAUGUUUCCCUCCCCUGGACAGCUCCCCCUGGGGUUCCCCACCACCAACAACCAGCAUCAGCCGCUACUCUGUCCCCAACCCUGGUUUAGCGGGGGUCGGGUUGGGGGUAACACUUGCCCCAGGGGCUGUGGCUCCCUCCUGGGGCCUUAUUCUCCCCAGGUGCUCAGUGAUGCUUGGGUGGUGGGAGAGGGUGGGGGAUCUCUCUUCCCCCCUUUGUGGGGUCCGCACAGCCCAGCGAGCUGUGUCCUUUGACCUGCCCUUGCAUUGUGCCCUCCUUGCCCCCUUUUUUUGGGGGGGGAGGUCUGGGCAGAGAAUUGGGCCACACCCACCUGUGCUCAGGAUCUAUUCCUGCCUCUGUUCAGGGGUCAAAUCUGGCCGAGCUUCGGGGACCCUCUGUGGUAUCAGGGAUCAAAGCAGGACUGGCCUCAUGCUUGGCAAACUGGGCAAAUCUGUCUCUCCAGCCCCCCUUGCCUUUGCUUCCCCACAUUCCAGCGCUGCUUCUGAGGCUUAGGCAGCUGGCCGUGUCCGUGUUCUCCCUCACCCAUACCCGCUCAUCUUGGCUGCGGGGUGCCCUGGCGCAGACCUGGCUCCAGGGCUCAGUGUCCUCCUGUCCAGUGGGGUCAGAGAAUUGCAGAAAGAGGGGGUGGGGAUGGAAUCCUGGAUGCUCGAGGCUUGGGGCUCACUUAGAAGAACACUCAGACCACAUCUCAGUUCUCUCCCAGCCUCUGGAGUGGGCGAGAACUCUCCCUAUCCCCAGAGACCAGCGUUAUGGGUUCUGGGGGGUGAUGGAUAUCAAUACAGCUGGGAAGUCACUGGUGGGUGCAAUGGGGCGGCUGGCGCCCCCCCCCCCCCCAUUAGUUCUCAGCCUGAGAAUGUGGAUGUUUCUGGUACCCAGGGGUUGGGCCAGGAGCCCCCUUCUGCACCCUUAGAGCAGGUGAAGUUCCAACCGAGUGCACAUGGGGCUAGUGUGAGACAGUUUUGGUCAUCAGCUGUCAUCCAUUGGGGAGUUCUGGGGGUCCCAGCACCCCCGACUGAAGGCCAGGGCUGCCUGUGGAGGAGGGCUCCGAGCUGGGCAGGAGGAGUGGGUGCUGAUCCAGCCUGGGCUGAGUUCAGGUGUUUGACUAGUCAGGGGCAGCUGCCAGCCCCAGUGGCUCCCUCAGGGACCUGGUGCCUUGACCCAGGCUGACCCUGGCCAGUGGGGGGCUCCUGUGGUGGCUGUCCAGCCGCCCAGCCCCCAGACUCAGUCCCAGGGGCUCCAGUCUCGAGUACAGUUUGGGUCCCCGAAUCCUGUGCCCUGAGCAUCACUCACGCCCUUUCCCACACUUUGCUCAGAAUGUUCCUGCGGUGUGGCCACAUCUCUCCGAAAGGGCCACCCCCUAGGUAGGGGACUAAAAGGAUUUCCUGUAGGUCUUUUUUUUCUUGGCCACACCCCGGUGGUGCACACGGCUGACUCCUGACUCUGUUCAGGGGUUAUUCCGGGUCAUGCUCAGGGGACCCUGUGUGGUGUCCGGAGCCAUGUGCAGGGUAGGCUCCUCACCCCUGUACUAUCUCUGCCCCAUUAUUUUUUUGGAGGGGGCUACUCCUCUCUGGUGGGGGGUGAGUGUCAGGUGUGCACCAGCAGGAGCCCUCCUCCACAGUGCACCAGCCUGGAGGCCCCUGCACCCUGCAGGCUGGGGAUUGAAUUAGGCUUUUUUUUUUUUUCCUUUUCGGGUCACACCCAGCGAUGCUCAGGGGUUACUUCUGGCUCUGCACUCAGGAAUUACUCCUGGCGGUGCUUGGGGGACCAUAUGGGAUGCCGGGGAUCGAACCCAGGUUGGCCGUGUGCAAGGCAAACGCCCUCCCCGCUGUGCUAUUGCUCCAGCCCCUGAAUUAGGUUUUAAGGCCCACAGUCCAUCAAGCGGUCAUGUCUCCUUGGCCCCACAUUGAAAUUGAGUUUUGGGGCCACACACAGCAGCGAUCAAGGCUAACUCUUGACUCUGAUCAGGGCUCCUGGCGGGUCUUUGGGGUGCCACUGGGGUGCUGGGGAUUGAACCCCGGCUGGCUGUGUGCAAGGCCAACACUCCCUCCUGUACCAUCACUUCGGCCCCAGCAGCAUUAAAGUUUUGAAGCCAGAGC